CUUCUUUCAUACAUCCUGAAAUAUUAGUUCGUAUUUUACGUACUCAAAUAGAAGACGUAUCCUUAAUACACUUAUUUAGACAAAUAUUACAUAAAAACAUUUGUGAAGUAGACAAAAAAAAUUCUUUGAACAAGAAUUUUCUAUCCAGUAUAUUAGGAAAAAUGUUAUUGAACUGGAAGCAAGUUGUAAAAAAAAAAUAUAUUCAACUUCUUAUAAAGAACCCUUUUCUUAUGAAAAAAAUUCCAUUACUUAUAAAUACAUACGUGCAAAAAAUAUUUGCUUUUUGAAUCUACAAAAUUCAUCAAAAAACAAAUCUGUUAUAGAACACAGAUAUCUUAAUUUCUUGCAAUAUCGUAUAGGAUUUGUAUGUAAUUCAAAUAAACUCAAAACUGUUUUAGUAGAAAGUCCUAGUCUUUUUUUAGGUUUUCUAUUACAGUUCAAAAUCAAAAACACAUUUCUUCGUAUACAUAUAUAUACUGAUCACUUAAGAUGUUUGUUUAAUAGAAAAUCUCUAGUCAUAUUGAAUCCAUUACUAUGGCUUAUGCGAAUAUUAGCCACAUAUCGCUUUUGUACUUCUUUUGGGUAUCCAAUUAGUAAAUCAGCAUGGUCAACGUGCUCUGAUAUUACGAUUAUAGAUCGAUUUAAACAAAUCAGAAAUAGUCUGCUUAAGUAUUAUAGUGGAUCUAUUAAUCAAAAAGACUUAUCACGUAUCAACCAUAUCUUACAUUACUCAUGUGCAAAGACAUUAGCAUGUAAACAUAAGACUAAUCUUAGAAAAAUAUGGAAAAAAUAUGGGAAACAACUUGUAAACCAUUAUCAACUUGAAAAAACUAGAAACAGACUUCUAUCAGAAAAAAAUCUGAUAAGUUAUUCAAAAAUGAAUAUAAGAUGGUGGAAUUCUUACUUGAAAAAACCUGAUCCUAUGAGUACUUUGUUAGAAAACAUUUAUCGUUUACAAAAAAACUAGAAACAUACAUAAUAAAGUUAAUCAAAAGAAAAAUCAUACUCCUAUAUCUUUUCUUUAAGAACUAUACAAAGAGAGCCGUGUGCAAUGAAAGUUGCAAGCACGGUUUGGGAAGAGGUUGUUUUAGAAAAUAAUAAACUCAAAAAUUA